AUGCCUCGCAUCCUGCAUCUGCCGUUGCUCCGCAGCAGCAGCAAGGAGGAGCGCGGCGCUCCGCUAGAACGCCCAAAGACCGCCGCGGUCCUUCCUUCCGCCAUCCCCGCGUGUUCUUCCGUCGGCCCCGCGCCGAGUCACUCGUCCCUCCUCGAGCGCAAGACGUCGCUCCCCUCAUUCCUCCCGCGCAAGUCUUCUGUGGAACAGGCGCGCAAAUCCCCCUCGGAACAGCGCCCCGCAGAGCAGCGCCCGCUCCGCGAGGGUCCCCCGGCGCUGCGUCCCAAGUCCCCGCAUCACCUGGAGUGGGUGCGCCAACUGUCGCUCUGGCAGGGCGCGCAGGCGCAGCAGGGGGAAGCGCAAGCACAAGCGCACGGCGACGCGCAAGGAUGGCCCGCGGCGCAGGAGGCGGAAGUUCCUCGGAACGGACAGUUGAAGGCGUCGCAGGGGAAGGCACGCGGCGAAGCGCAGGGAUCGGUGCAAGAUGCACGGAAAGGGGGAGCGCGCAAGGACGAUACGCGGAAGGGGCACGUGUCUCGGCGGAGGCAGUUUGUGCAGCGGAUAACGAGCCGGAGCGCGGAUGCUAACUGUCUCCCUGAGGCGCCAAUUCAAGACGUGUGGGAGGCGGCGGAAGCAGGAAGACUAGCUAAGUGGGUGGAUAAGAUGGACAGUGGCGAUGGUGAGGGGAUAGAAUUGGACGGUCGGGAUGCGCUGCAGCAGAAUGGGUUUGGUGCGGGGGCGGCGGGGCAGUCGCAUCAGGCGCAUCAGUCUGCUGGUACUGUCCCCGAUAGUGGCGUCUCCGUUAGUAGCUCAGGAUCGACAACCAACUACGACGUUACGGAUACCGCCGUCAGUGCGACGCCUGAGAGCCGAAUUACUGAGACAAGCGAAUAUGCUUCAAACGGAUCUGCUACAAACGCGGUCGCUCGGGGAGCGUGCGGCGGCGGGGCCGCCGCUGGCGUUGCGGCGGUUGUAGUACCCAGGAGUGACAGCGCGGCCGCCGCUGUAGUAGCUAACGACGCUACAGCUGCGGCGGCUGUAGCGCGGAGUUCUAGCAGCAGCGCGCCGCGCUACAGCCGGUCGGGGGGCCAUCGGCGGAGGUUCGUGCGCGCGGCUACCGCCAGCAGCGCGUCUAUGGAGCUGCGCGGAUGGGACAGGGGGAGCGGGGAGGGGGACGGGGGAGGGGAAUGGGAAGGGGAAGGGGAAGGGGAAGGGGAAGCGGAAGCAACGGGGCGAUUAGAGGAGGGGAGGGAGAGGGGAGCAGAGGGGGAAGCAGAGGGGGAAAUGGCAACAGUCAAGGCUGCGUUUCAGGCUUGGAGGUCCCAAACCUUGUCCGGACGAGUUGUGCUUUCCUCCCCGAGCCCACCUGGUAGCUUCGACAGCACGUUUGGCAGCACCUUUUCCCGAACCGAAUCUUAUGGCAGCGACUGUAGCAGUGUGACUGUAGGGGGAGGAGGAGGGAGAGGAGGGAGAGGGGAGGCCGGGAGAGAAAGGGGAAGGGAGCACAGAUGGCGGGCUGAAGCUCAGAUUGUCUCUGGUGCUGACGUGGCUGCUGACCUGGCAGCUGCUGGGCUGGCAGCAUCAGCAGCAGGCGACACGUCAGCCGCAUCCGACUCGUCACCAGCAGACGCAGUAGCAGCAGGGAUAGUCGUUUCCGCGUUGUUCACCCGAAGGUCCCACACCAUGCGGAACCGCAUGGUACCGCUCACCACCAUGGCGGUUACCACCCCAAGAGCCCCCGGCACUGCUGCUGCUGUGGCCACUCCGGGGCGGAAGGGGGGCAGGGGGAAGGGGAGGCGGGGGGGCCGUCCGCCUACUCCGUCUGUAGGGGCCGCGGCUGUGGUUAGUCCGGGGGGAGGGGGAGGGGGAGGCGGAGGGGGAGGGGGAGGGGGAAGGAGAAGGGGAGGGGGAGGUGGGGGAGCCAGUCCGGGAGCAGCAGGGGGAGGUAAUGGAGUGGUGAGUCCAGGGGGAGGUAGAUCUGAUGCUGGUGCAGGGAUAAGCCCAGGGGGAGGUAGAUCUGAUGCAGGUGCAGGGGCAAGCCCAGGGGGAGGUAGAUCUGGUGCAGGUAGUUUUAAAAGACGGUCUGGUGGAGUGGUGAGCCCAGGAGGAGGCGAAACGCAGGAGGAGCUAUCCUUCGAGACGAGAGAUCCAGAGGUGCUGACUCAGCAGGUGCCGAUUCAGCAUGUGCUGAGUCAGCAGGUGCUGACUCAGCAUCCACCAGAGGUGCUGUUUAUCGAACCGCCUGCGCCACGGUCGCAGGUGGUCUUCAUGGGGAGGGCGGCGGAACACGGGCAGGUGCUAUCUGGGGGAGGCGCAACUGGAAGGGCGCAGGUGCUAUCUCUAGAAGUGCCCUCCCCAAGUCCUUCGCCUGGGGGGGAUGAUGGGGGAGACGAUGGGAGAGAUGAUGGGGGAGACGAUGGGGGGGAUGAUGGAGGAGAAGAUGGGGGAGGUGGCGGAAGGCAGGGGGGUGGCGGAAGGCAGGGGGGUGGGGGAAGGCAGGGGGGUGGGGGAAGGCAGGGGGGUGGGGGAAGGCAGGGGGGUGGGGGAAGGCAGGGGGGUGGGGGAAGGCAGGGGGGUGGGGGAAGGCAGGGGGGUGGGGGAAGGCAGGGGGGUGGGGGAAGGCAUGGAGGAGGGCGAUGGAGGGGGGUCAAGGGAGGAUGCGAGGGAUGGCGCCCUAUCCGCUUGAGAAAGCAGCGGCUCCCCCCAUCCCUCACCCCCUUUUUCCCUUUCCUCCCCCUGUUAACCCUCUUCACCUCUCCCUACCCCGGUCUCCUUCCCCCAACCUCUUCAAAAUCAUCCUCAGGCCCCUAUUUGCUGGACGCUCCCCGCAUCCUCCUCUCGUCCCAACCCCCUUUCCCCACUUCCCCCCCUCGCUUCCUUCCCCUACCCCCCCGAAUUAUCCCCUGCAGGCCCCUAACCGCUGGAAGCAGCGCCUCUCCCCGUCCUCUCCCGUCACCCCCUCGCCCCACAAACCCUGCUCUGGGCCCUAACCGCUGGAAGCACCGCCUCUCCCUUUCCCUUUCCCAUUCCAGCCCUCUUUCCGCCACUCCCCCCCCCUUCUCUCGCCCUCAUUCUCUCCGCUUCCCCCCAAACACCCCCCUGCAGGCCCUCAACUGCUGGAAGCAGUGCCUCCCCCCUUCCAGCUUCCGACAGGCUUCCGCCCCGCUCUCCCCUCCUCCCGCCUUUCCCCCAAUCCCCCUUCCACCCCCUCCCUCAAUCUUUCCUUGCAUGCCCCUAUCUGCUGGGAGCAACGCCUCCCCCCUUCCAGCAACCCACAGGCCCCUAACCGCUGGGAACAGCAUCUCCCCCGUUCCAGCAUCCCACAGGCUCCCACCCCGCUCUCCCCUCCCCCGAGCCAAGAAGCCAGGCUCGGGAGCCUCCGUACCUGUUACACCGAACCAGACCAGUGGCCCAGGCUGGGGGGUUGCCGAGCCUGAGGCCCCGAACCAAGGCAGCUCGGGUGGGGAGGCAUCUCGGGUGGUGACUUUCAGCACUGCUGCUGCCUCUGAUGGUGCUGGUGCUUCUGCCAUUUCGUCUUGCACCUCAUCUGCUGCUGUCCCUCCUACUCCCACCUCUGCUACCACUGCUUCUUCGUCUUCUGCUGUAGCAGCGAAACGCCAAGAGGGGAAAGCACUAAGAGGCCGUUCCAGAUCACUCGUUGAUGAUUGCACUUCUGACCCCUUCGCCCAUGCUAGUAAUGCCACUGCUAUUGCCGGUGCCGCCACCUCCGCCGCCGCUGCCGCGGCUGCUUCUGCUGAGAGUGCGAUUCCCGUGGCAAUGCGAAAGGUCGAGACACUGAGAACUCGUUCCAGGUCUCUUAUGGACGAAGGGGUAGCAGAACCCGUAGCUUCUCAGACACGUUUGGAGGCACCAGCAGGAAACGCACAGCAGGAGCAGUCUGUUUGCAUGAGGCGGGCCGAGACACUGAGAGGGCAUUCCAGCAGGGGAAUGGACCUACGGGGUAGUGCUGUUGCGGCUGCAGAGCAGCAGCAGCAGGUGGUGGAAAUGAGACGAGCCGAGACGCUGAGAGGUCAGUCUAGCAAAGGAUUCGACCUACGGGGUAUUGCUGUUGCGACUGCAGAGCAGCAGCAGCAGGUGGUGGAAAUGAGACGAGCCGAGACGCUCAGAGGAGCGUCUAAAUCCUACUCUAAGGAUAGUGCUGUCGAGAAGCAACAGCCAGUUGAUAUGCGGCGAGCAGAGACACUUAGAGGGCGGCGGGGGUCAGACUUGAGGGGUAGUGCUUUAGAGCAGCAGCAGUGGCAGCGGCAGCAGAAGCAGCAGCAGCAGCAGCAGCAGCAGCAGCAGCAGCAGCAGCAGCAGCAGCAGCAGCAGCAGCAGCAGCAGCAGCAGCAGCAGCAGCAGCAGCCAGCAGCAGCAGCAGCAGCAGCAGCAGCAGCAGCAGCAGCAGCAGCAGCAGCAGCAGCAGCAGCAGCAGCAGCAGCAGCAGCAGCAGCAGCAGCAGCAGCAGCAGCAGCAGCAGCAGCAGCAGCAGCAGCAGCAGCAGCAGCAGCAGCAGCAGCAGCAGCAGCAGCAGCAGCAGCAGCAGCAGCAGCAGCAGCAGCAGCAGCAGCAGCAGCAGCAGCAGCAGCAGCAGCAGCAGCAGCAGCAGCAGCAGCAGCAGCAGCAGCAGCAGCAGCAGCAGCAGCAGCAGCAGAAGCCAGUUGA